GCUACCAAUCAGGGAUUUGGGUUGUGAUAUCCGGUCAAUGGCAGCGGAAGUUGGCGGCACUGUUGGAGCGCAGAGAAGGAUUUGACAGCUAUGACGUGCACUAUAGACAAGAUCUUACAAGAUGCCAAAACGUUGUUGGAGAGACUGAAAGAUCAUGACAAUGCUGCAGAGUCCUUAAUUGAGCAGUCAAGCUCUCUGCAUAAGCGGGUGGAAUCCAUGAAAGAGGUUGGGACAACUCUACCAGAAAAGUAUCAAGAAGACUUGGCAGAGUUGAAGGAUGCUUCAAAGUACAAACCACAUGUGCUUUUAUGUCAAGAAAAUACUCAAAUAAGAGAUCUUCAACAAGAAAAUAAAGAGUUAUGGCUGUCUUUGGAGGAGCAUCAGUAUGCACUGGAGCUGAUCAUGAGCAAGUACAGGAGACAAAUGCUGCAGCUAAUAGCAAACAAAAAGCCUGCACCUACAGAGCCAGUUCUAGAAGCUCACGAAACAUAUUCUUCUGAAAUAGAGACACACAUUGACAGGAUAUGUACUAUGGGAGAAGUCAUGAGGCAAGCCAUCCAAAUCGAUGAGGAUCAGGCAUACAGUGUUCAAGAAAGACUUGCCCAAUUAGAGUUGGAAAACAAGGAACUUCGGGAAAUCUUGUCUGUUAGCAAGGAGUCACUGCAUUCAGGAAAAAAGGAAUCGGACUGGAAUUCAUUAGAAAAAACUCAGUGAUACCUUUCAGACCACAUCCUUUCAAAAUACAUUCACUGGACAUACAACAGUAAUAGGAAGCAUUUCUAUUGUCCUCCAAACCCCAGCCUAUACUGUCCUGUGUACGGCACUGCAGUGAAAGUGAAUAUUUGCAGUGGAAAGUAUGAAGAUGUUAAUGGUGGUUUGCUGCCUUCAGUGUAUGUGUCUUUGUUUCAGAAUUGCAGUACUUCAAGAGAAAAGGUCCACAGCCUGCUCUGAAAUCACUUGGACUUUGCUGUCAGUUUUGUCUAAUGGGAAAAUUAUAAAUGUAGAUGUAUUAUUUAAAUAAGUUAAAAAAUAGAAAUAUAUGUAUGAAUAAAAAAUCAUCACGUGAAA